AUGGCUGCUUCCUUGAUAUGCGGGGAAACACAAUACAGGGUGAGUUCAGUCCUAAACAGAGAUGUGAAGCAGUUUGGGAAGAAGUUCAUGUUUGACAGCAACGAGGAGACAUGCUGGAACUCAGACCAGGGUGACUGUCAAUGGUUGAUUUUGGAUUUCCCCCAGUCUGUUAGCGUGUCCGAGUUAAAAGUUCAGUUCCAGGGAGGUUUUUCGGCCAAAACAUGCAGGAUGGAAGGUUGUUCAGCAGAUGGAGAUUUCACAGUCAUCAGUCAUUUUUACCCAGAAGACAACAACUCCCUUCAGUGUUUUCCCAUACAGGAGAGGGCAACUGUAGACAGAGUAAAAAUAACGUUUGAGAACAGCGCCGACUUUUUCGGGAGAAUUGUUGUUUAUACUUUGGACAUCCUAGGGGAGAAAGCCACAUGA